UUUGAAUUUUUUAUGGGCCAAAGCCCAUUCUAAAGCCCAUUCAGUCUCCGAAGACAUUAAUUCGCCGGCGUCGAUAAAUAUCUCAAGCAAGAAGCGACGGCGCAUAAAUCGAAUCUGAAAGGGCAAAGAUGCAGGCAAGUGAUAGGUUUAACAUCAAUUCUCAGCUUGAGCAUCUUCAAGCUAAGUAUGUUGGUACUGGCCAUGCUGAUUUGAGCAGAUUUGAGUGGGCUGUGAACAUUCAGCGUGACAGUUAUGCUUCCUACAUUGGUCACUACCCCAUGCUUGCUUACUUUGCUAUCGCUGAGAACGAGUCCAUUGGACGUGAACGCUACAACUUUAUGCAGAAAAUGCUUCUACCUUGUGGCCUUCCUCCAGAAAGAGAAGACGACUAAAGAGAGAGACUUGCAAGUGUUGUGUCGCAAUUCGAAUCAGAUACAAAAGACAAUUUAUCUUUCUACUCUCUCUCUCCAUGCAGUGUUGUAUUGGUCAUAAAACCCUAUCUGAGCUCUUGAUUGUGUAAACAAAAUUGUUUUUGAUUUAAUGAAAAACUUACUAUGCUCUUA